AUGGAAAAGGAAUCUGUGUAUAUCCUGGCGUUAAAAUGUGCUGACCGACAGUUAAGCUCCAUGGAAUUUUUAAAUCUCUAUAAAGAGUUCUUUAACGAAAAGUUCUCGUCAUUGAUUCAAGAGGAAGAGGACACUGCACCCGCUGCUGCUACGAUAAAUGAUGCUAAUAAGGAAACCUCUUUGAAAGAUACUCCCGGCAGUAAUACAGCAGUGUCUGCAGAUGCUACACACUUGGAUGAAGCUCUAGAUAUCGUUUGCUCGGAUUUUAUCAAAAUAUUGAACCUAGAGAAACCUCUGAUCUUGGCUGAUUAUAUCGUUGAAGUGUUAUUUGUGAAUUACAAUUCAGACAUGAUGAAAUGCUUUUUGCCGAAGUUGAACUCCGUUACCAAUUCGUUAUUAUUGGUCCAUUUCUUCUCCAAAUCUUGUUCAUUCUUCGCCAAGUUAUCAGAUACUUUGAUAGUUGAUCAAGUACGCAAGGAUUUGGGUAGUGUUUUAAUACCGAAUAUUCUAAGCCUUGAUAUGAAUGCCUUGAAUAAAGAAGUCAUUAUCAUAAUAUCAAAACUUUUGCAAGCCAUUUUAAAACUCUCCCCCGCACCCAUCCUCAUUACUUCUGUCAGCUGUAAAAAUGGGUCUGUCACGCUCCUAAAUCAAUUAUCACAAAUUAACAAGCUCCUUUUUAAGAAAAUCUCACAGACGUUUGAAGCAAAAUUACACUUCAAAGAUACUAAGCCAUUUUUAAACAAAGACUCUACCAAUGAAUUUGUAGGUUCACCUUCAUUGACCUCCCCUCAAUAUAUUCCAAGUCCUUUUUCCUCGACGAAACCUCCAGGUUCCGUGAAUUCUGCUGCCAAAUAUAAAGACAUGAAGCUUCUUCGUUACUAUAAGAACAUUUGGUUGAAUAAUAAAAUCAUCAGUUGGGAAAUAGCAAAUCCGGACUUCCUAUCAAAAUAUUCUGCCAUCAGUUCUUCUAUUUUCCAAGAUUUCAACUCGGUCCAAAACGUGGAUCAAUUACUCACUGAUCUGAUUGAAACAUCCUUUACUUGUUUCGCGCAAUUUGUCAGCAAUAAACAAUACCAUCAAGCGAAUUCUAAUUUGACACUGUUAGAAAGAAAAUGGGUCAUAUUUAUAACUAAACAUUUACCAUUGUUAAUCCUUGAAAACUCUUCAAGGAAUCCUCGCGUAGUGACGAAUGCCUUAGAUAACAUCGAUGAGAAAGUCAUUAAGGCAAUCAGAAUAUAUUUUACUGAAAAGGAUGACAUCAAAUCCACUAAUGAGGAUUUGUUUGAUGACUAUCCAUCCACAAGUCUAGAUAUAAGGCAUGAUUUCAUUAAGGGACUAGUUAUGUUGAAUUUGCAGCCUGCUUCCGUCAUCAAUAAUUAUUUAAGAGAAGAUCAAAUGAUUGAUACCAGUAUUCUACCUACAAAUGAUGAUCUGAUUGUUCGUAAUUUGCAAGGAAUCCAAGAAGUGGUUCAUAAUACUAACAGCUUUAUUAUCUCAUCCUUAGAUACUUUGGAGCUAGAAUCUAUAACAGAAUCCAAUAUGCAUGAUUCUAGCAAUGGAUUAUUUCAGGUUUUACAUAAUUUCGAAUAUGUUGCUCCCACCAAGCAACGUGAAAUAGUAAAGGCCAUUUUAACCAUAUUCAAUGACUCAAUAAAGGAAUUAAAUCAUAAUAGAAUAACAAAGAUUUGUGCUUUGUUGUUUUUCAACUUUUCACAUUCAUUAACAACAAUUCUUUCGUUUUCUUCACCGACAGCAUUGAUGGAAGCCCUUAUGAGAUUCGUGGAUUCGUCCAAGAAUGAUAGAAAUGGCUCUGUUAAUGAUGAAAGUUCAGAAUAUGAAACGGUCAACAUUUCUUUAUCAUUUUCUUGGGCAAUUUUGUUAUUAAUCAAUCUAGCGCAAACAUAUGGCAUAUCCGUGGUAGAUGUAGCGCUUAUAUCUCCCGAUUUGAUUACUAAGGAUUCUUUUAUUAUCAACUUUAUUUCAAAUCUACCCAAUGUUUCAGAUAAAUACUACUUGGAAGAAUCAAAGAUCAAUGACACGGAUAUGCUAACCAAAUCUCAUAAUACUGUCCAAAGCUGGCUCUGUGACCUUUUUGUAAAUGGGUCCAUCACCGAUCAGCUGAUUCAAAAUAUCGAAGCAAGACAGUUGGCCAAUCUCAUACCAUUCAUUGUUAAACAAGUCUUACUAUCGGUUGAAAUAGGCGCUUUAACUGACAUUUCAAGUUUGAUAGGCGGUUUCGAGUAUUUUUUACAGCCCUUAUUAUUGAUUGGGUUAAUAAAGACAUUUUAUUGGCUAGAACAAUUUCUUUCAUGUGUCAAGAACGAUACUAUAUCGGAAGAUAUUUUACAAGAUAUAUUCAGUCUAUUAAACACUCUUUUCAAUCCAAUAACCCUCAAUGAAGACUCAAAAGCGUUUCAUACGGCAGUUUUGAGACUGAAUGCGAUUCCAUUGCUUAAAGUCCUUCGCAGAUUCAGAAGCCAAAGUCAAUCAAAUUAUGGUAUCUAUUCUUCUGAUGCCCAGGGAGAUCCAACCCUAGAACCUUUAAUUGCAAAAUUGGUUUCAGUUCUUAACAUAUCACCGGUUUAUGAUGUCGAUCCAAGAAUCAUCAACUCGGAAAACGAUUACUCGCGGAAGCAGUUGGGUUAUGGUAAAUUUCUAAUUUUAAAUGAAAAUCCGAUAAAUAAGAUAAUGACCAACCAAAUUAAUUCAUUCUGGAGUCUUCAUAGUAGCACAUAUUACAACUUGGAUUACCUGUCCGAGUUGGUUGAAUUGGUAACGCCAAAGAGUUUCCUUUUUGAUGUCUUGAAAACAUUGGAAUACAAACUAACCACUUACGGGGUUCCGGGUUCUAAGAAUAAAAGGGGAUCGUUGGAAUCAGAACAUGUUUUCGAUUACUUCUUCUACUUCCUUGUACUAUACGACGUAAAAACUGCCGAGGAAGCUACACAAUUAAUAGACUAUAUGGAAAAUGAUGAAAAGAAAAGAAAUGAAGGGGUUAACAUUAAAAGCGAGGAUUUGAAGGAAAGGAAGGAAGUGGUUGAGGUGAAACAAGAAGCUCAGCUAAAAAAUGAGGUUGCUCAAGACGACGACUUUGAUAUGCUUUUCGGGGAGAAUGAUACAAGCACCCAAGCUUAUGAGGAAGACGAAGAAAAUGGAAUCAACGAUAAUAAUGAUAAGACAAACGAUAUAUCGUUGGUAAAGGCAGAAGAAGGUCCAACAAAAACUCAUAACAUUGCAAUUUUGAAGAGAGAUUCUUUUGCAGUACUUCUUCAUGAAAUGAAAUUAUUGAAGGAUUUAGCCUUAGAAAGGGGUGAGAUAACCAAAAGGGAACAUGAAAAAUUCAUCAUAUAUCCUCACAAAUACUUACGCAUGCUGAAAACGUGCGUCUUUUGA